AUGAGUGAGGGAGCAGCAGUGACCGGACAGUUUUUCCACACUUUCAUUGUCAGAGUUGGAGAUGACAUCACUCUGUCUUGUGAAAAUGUAACAGACGGGCAGGAUAACUGUGACAGUACCACAUGGGUCUUCAGUAAAUCAAGAAGCACACCAACAGUAGCUCUGGCUCGUGGUGGGCAGAUUGUUGAAAAAGCUAAAUCAGACAGACUGAGUGUUACAGAGAAAUGUUUUCUGGUUACAAAGAAGGUCACAGAUGAAGAUGCUGGUCAGUACACCUGCAGUAAGGAAACAUCAGAGCAAAGAACCUCUGCAGUUAUUCUGUCUGUUGUUACCAUGACUGAACAGAAGGACACUGAUGUGGUGACAUUAACCUGCUCUGUAAGGACAGAUGAACGAUGUACACACACAGUGAAGUGGCUGUUUCAGGGUCAAGAUGUGGAUAAAGACAACAAGGACAUAAAGACAUCACAGUCUCUCUGCUCUGCCUCUGUGACCUUUCUGACUUCUCUCUACAUUUACACAUCAAGAUAUAAGAUAUUUAAAUGUGCAGUGACUGAUGGUGACAGAGUGCAGGUGUUUCCCUUCAGAUCUCAAUCCUCAGGUGAGAAGCCAGGUGAGGACACAACAACGGCAACAACAACAGCAUCAACAACAGCUGAAAACAGCACAACAGCAGACUCGUGGGUGUACAUCAUUGUGGCUGUGGCUUUAGUAGCACUCUUAAUACUCAUUGUGGCAAUCAUCGUAUGGAGGAGAACUAAAGGGAACAAAACACAGAUGAGUGACACUAUUGGGCUGACUUCAAACCCUGCAGUGACUCAGGCUGCUCCAGAACCCAGCCAGGACACGGCUGAUCCUGAAGAUGGUGUUUCCUACGCCUCCAUCAGCUACACCAAGAAGACCAACAGUAAAGCCCAGGUUUUGUUUAAAGAUGAAGAUGAUGCAGUGACCUACAGCACUGUGAAAGCUCCUUCUUCUUCUUCUUCUGCUGGAGCCUCUGCUGAUCUCACUAACCUCUACGCUACCAUCAACAAACCAAACAAAUAAGAGAGCACAGUUUAGUUACAGCUCAUAUCAUUACAGUUAUUUUACACUGACUGGUUGCUUGAUAUGGAAGAAAGACAUUUAUAUGGGAUAAACAAAUGAUUGGCUCUUGGUCAGGAGAUGUGUGCACAUUGUUCUAUAACUGGGUUUUGUGAGGAAUUUUUAUAUAUAUUUAAGAUCAUUGUUUGCCCUUGUCAGUGUGAAAGUGAUAUAUAUGUUUAUAUGUACAUAUAUACAUAUAUACUUCAUAGCAUUUUCAGAGUGUAUUGCUGUUAUUUUGUCCAUAAGGGGGCGCAGUAGGUGAAGUAGUAGCACAAUAAUCCAACAUGACAUGGCUGCUGGAAAUGGAAGUGUUGAUACUACAUGUUAAUAUGUGCUGUCAGACACUUUAAUGUGUCUGUAUCUGUGUUCAGUUUAUCUUUUAUUUCAUGGUAUCAAAGUAAGUAAAGCAAGCUAA